GAAGAAUGCUGUCUGCUUUUGAAAGUAAUAAUAAAUAUAAGCAGUGUAUUAUAUUAUUGCAUUUCAAUUUCAAAAGAAAUCUACCGAUCUCAUGCAGCGUUAUCUCAUAAAGUUCUCGUAUUCUGGAAUACGAUUUCGGGGGUUACAGAGGCAACCUGGAGAAAUAUUCAAUGGAGAAUUUCCCUGCCGAGCUUCAAUUCAGACAAUCUUUGAGAAGGCGUUAUUAAGGCUUCGUCAGUACGAGAAAGCCCUUGAAACUAAUAUCCAGUUUUCGAGCCGAACAGAUCAAGGAGUGCAUUCAUUUUGUAAUAUUGCUCAUUUUGAUCUAUCACUUCAGAAAGAUGGUAGUGCCCUCUCACCACAUAAACUUAUGAAGAUUCUAAACACAUACUGUGAAAAAUCUGAUAUCAGUCUUUCAGUGAAUAAUGUGGAAGCUGUCCCUCCAACAUUCCAUGCAAGAUACUCAAGUUUUUAUAGGCACUAUCUUUACAGAAUAGCUGUGACCGACAAAGAUGUGAAAGCAUAUCCAAUUGUUGAGUGGAAAAAGUGCUAUUUCAUCCCAAAACCUUUUUGCUUGGACAAUGCUGUUAAAGCCUGUGAAUUAUUUGAAGGAACAAAAGAUUUUGCAUCAUUCUGCCAUCAUUUCAAACAGAAACCCUCAGGAUACCCAACCAUUCGUACUAUAGAUCAUUUUUACAUCAAACCUGGAAGGCCGCUCUUUGAUCCUGUUUACGAUCCCUUGUAUUCUAACAUUGAGUUCUACGAUUUUCAUGUCAAGGCUAGGUCCUUUAUGUACAAACAAACGUUGACUAUAAGAUUCCCCAGGAUGAGCAACCUCAGAGACUUGUUGAAAAUCAAGGGGAAGAAUUUGCGCAGAGUGACAACUAGGGUAACAUUGCCAAACGGGCGAGUGUUCCAAGAAGGAGACGGGAUGACGAUCGAAAGUGAAAAGACUCAUGGAUUUGUUGUCGAUAACACACCUGACUUGCAACUUGGACAGGUGGAAAACGGCAUUUAUAUCGCUUCUCAAGACGUUGCCAAUGACCCAGAAUUGAUUCAUAAGCACGCUAUCACCCAUGUACUGAAUGUGGCCGGUUGCCCAUCUGAGAAAUUACCCGGACUUCACUAUCUCGACGUCUACAUCUUGGAUUUGCCCGAAGAACCUCUAUGUCACCAUUUUCUCCCGUGUUUUAAAUUUAUGGAUGAUGCACUGAAAACUGGAUGUGUCCUUGUCCAUUGCAAUGCUGGUAUUUCACGCUCUCCUUCAAUUGUAGUUGCCUAUUUAAUGUGCCGCCGACAAAAGAGUCUAAGUGAGGCUUUACGGCAAGUGAAAGCUGCCAGACCAAAAGCCAAUCCUAAUGUCGGAUUUCUACAACAGUUACAAAAGUACGAAAUUAAUAUAGCCGGAAAAGCGGAUCCUAGUUCAGCACCAAUUAGUUAACAUGAAAAAUUUUGCUUUGGAAAUAAAAGCGUCUGCAGCGUGCUA